UCUUGCACUGGCUAUUUGAACCAUCAGUCGCUAAUGAUUAGAUACUGCAAAUGCAGAUUGCAGUGGAGAAGUUCAGUGAAGCGACAGUUGGAUAUAGGGAGAACAAAAAGAUAGCGGAGAAAUGGGUUCGGCUAUUCAGUACACCUUAUUUCAUGGCCUCAGCUUGUCAAGACGUGGAGGGAGUUGAACUAUGCGGGACCCUGAAAAAUGUGGUGGUAAUAGCAGCAGGUUUUGUUGAUGGUUUGGAAAUGGGAAAUAACACGAAGGCUGCGAUAAUGAGAAUGGGUUUAGGAGAAAUGAAGGCCUUUUCCCAGCUCCUAUUUUCAAAAAAGGAUAGCACCUUUUUGGAAAGCUGUGACGUAGCUGACCUUAUAACAACUUGCUUAGGGGGAAGAAACAGGAAAUGUGCAGAUGCUUUUGCUCGGAUUAGCGGAAAAGUCUUUCGAUGAGCUUGAAGCUGAGAUGCUGUAGGGCCAGAAAUUACAGGUAGAUACCGAAAGAAAUAUAUAGCCGCAUUUAUGUUUUUUAAUGUUUUAAGCAUGAUUUCUAUCUGAAAAUUGAUAACAUUUCAAAAAUCAAGCCCGUUGAGAAUCUUUUGAUGAAAAAAAUAUUUUCAAGGCUAGUGUCUGGGAAUUU